AUGUUAUUUAACGGACUACUGGUAGCCUUUAAUCGAGCAGUUGGAACAUAUGUUCCUCAAAUCUCUGGAAAGGCGGUGACUGGUAACGACGAAACUGAUAGCCUUAUGGACGAAAAAAGUUCUUUAUAUUGCGCAUCAUCUUAUGAAAAACGUAAAGUUCCAAAAAUCAUAAAGAGCAGUAGCGGAUUUUUAAAAUCACCAAUGAAACGUAGUUGGAAUUCUUCUGUACCAAAUGUUUCUUCUACACCCAUUGUUGCUCCUUUAACUCCAACGCCUGCUCCUCCGUUGUGGAAAGAACAAGUUGACCCAAAUAUUAAAGCUGAAUUGACACAAGCCGAAAUUCAUCGACAAGAGAUAAUAUUUGAAAUUAUUCGUACUGAAAAGGCUUUUGUCGAAGAUAUGAAAUAUUUAAUAGAUUUCCAAGAUUCUGGCAUUCGUUUACCUUCUAGUCUUGAACAAACAUUCUCAAUAUUGCCUGAUAUUCUGUUACUGCAUCUUAACGUCUCUCUGACGGCAAUUUCUGAAAUAGCAAAUGCUCGUAAAAAGAACAAUAAAUUAGGUCAACUAGUAAAGUCUUUGGAAUCAAAUUUAUUACCAGGAAGAUACUUAACUUUGGAAAAUCACCCAUCGCUUGUCGACUUACAUGAUCAAAUGGACUGUGCUCUUAAGGAACUUCAAGAACGUAAAUCAAGAUAUGAACGUUUAAAGGAAAAUGAUGAAUUUUCGGGCAGAGUUUCG